CCUAUCCCGUGCGAUGCCUUAUUGCGACCCAUAGCUGCUCACAUGAUCCCAACUGCAAUUGAUUGCAAUUGAUUUCGACAGCCAUCAAAGAGAAACCUCAGAUCAGAUUCUCCAUAGACCAUUCAGCUUGUGUUGUAGAUGCACCCUUGACUAAAGAUCCAGAAUGGCAGGCGGACGGGCACUUGUGCUAUUAUGCGUCUUGAUGGUUAUUAGAGUCAGAGAAAGCCUGAGUGUCUCGCAAUUUCUGAGUGAUUUCGGGCUAUGUAUCGUCGACAAAGACCUAAACUCUACCUUUUCUACAGGAAUUCCUGCGUUUAGGAAUGGUAUACAACCGCCUCAUCAAGACUUGAUCUUCACAACCGAUCCCGUGUUCGAGAGGGGUACGUCAGCAAGCUACAAUGCAGCCCUCGGUGAGAUCGAGGUCAAUGAUGACGGCACUUACGUGUUCAUUAUCCAUCGGGCUGGGCUAGCGACCACGGUCUCAUCUCGCCCACUUCUCUUGGAAGUUAAGAAUGCGACCGACGAUUACGUUACGGUUGCUGAACUAGUGGACAGCCGAGAAGGGUCGAUUUUUACCGCACAUGUGUUGGCCGAGUUGAAACGGAACGAUAGCGUUUUCAUUCAUACCCAAGGAGAAAACGUCAUCGGGAAUGAAGAUCAGCCUUUCAUUUUCUCCAUGUUUCUGCUAUAUCACAAAACGCUCGUUUCGUUUCCACGCGCUCGCCAGGUCGCAUUUUCUGUCACUGGGUCCGCCAACCUUUCGUUCGCCGAUUCGAUCAUCGAUGACUUGGGAGAUCCUACAGUGAACAUCGGAAAUGGGUUCGACGAGCAGACGGGUGUUUUCACUGCCCCCUUUGAAGGUCUCUACGUAUUCCACCUGGCGGUCACGUUCACCCCUCUAGGUGGUGGAGGUGGGCGCGGUGUCGUCGCACUUCGAAGGAACGGAGAUACCAUAGCGCAGGUAACUGCCCGUGUUCCGGUCGGUCAAGUGCAGUUUCGAUGGAUCCCUUUUGUGCCGGCACAGAACGGCGCUAUCACCAUCGCCUAUCCUCUGACUCAGGGUGACGAGAUUUCUCUACUCAAUGUAAUUUCGAUAGAAUCGCUCAAAGGAGAGAUGGUGUUCGUUGGUUACCUUUUAGCGUAAUAUGCGUACAAGCUUAUAUUUUAAUUUUGGAUGAAGUCGUCCUAUUUUCAUUUCGACAGGCCUAAUUAUUGUUUUAUUACUAUCCAAACAUCUUUCGAUGUUCUUAAAUUGAAAUCCUCUAAGAACUAUUGGAAGUUGUCUUUACUUGAUGUCGGGUCUAUUGGUAAAGCCCCAAACGUAUUCGUGAUAAUUCCUUAAUAUAUGUCUAUGGUAAUGAUUUUGAAGGAUGUUAUAUAAUGACGCAUGUAUACUUUUUGCGAUCAGUAAUACCUGUUACUAUUUAUAGGCCGAGUGUGUCUGGAUAUUAUUUUUAUCCGCCAUUUUUUAUAUCUAAUCACGACAUUUUUUGUUUAUGAAUGCUACCAAAAAGCCAAUGGCAGAGAGACUGUUUUAAGUAAUGGCAUUUUGAAAUUUAAAAAAGUCUGCAAGAUUUUGUUCAAACAGCUAUAUUCAUGAUAUGAAUAAGGCAUGAGAGGACUGAU